AGAUCUGCUUCUCCUCUGCAAGGAGAUAAGUAUGAGAAUCACCAGAUCAAUUCAAACUCGGCAGAUAUAAAUGUGCCGGCUCUGCACACCGAUCGAGAAUCACCAGACCGUGACCUGUUGGAACUAGUCAAUCGCAUUGUUUUUCCUCCAUGCCCGGCCGCCUCAUCUUACGGCGCCCGUCCCCGACGACCGUCUCGUUCACUGUUUCGAACGCCUCAAGACAUACCAGUACGCCCGCAAAAGUUCUAUUCUACCUGCAGGUUCUGCUGCGCGUGCUGAGCUUUUUCUGCGUGCUCUUACUUGAUGUCGCCAAACUCCGACACUCUUCCUACAUCCAAGAAGCGCGAUUGAUCCCCUGGGCAGCUGUAUGGUCGACACCGGUGGGCGCCUCGGUUUGUCGCUACGCGGAUAGGUACAGCUACCCAGUUGUGGGAUUGGUCAGUGCAAUUGUGAUGUACGGUGUUUUCAGGAAAGGAUACACAGAAGAGUCGCUCCUCGUUAUUCGCGGACUGGGCAUCCAGACUUCGACAUCCUCCAACACGUACUUGUCAAAAGCGUCUACGCGAUUCAUCCCCACCACACAGAUCCAGGAUAUUGUGAUUCAUGAGGCUUUUAAGGGAUUCGAGGUUCGCUUCUAUCUAGCUGUGAUUGUCGAAGGGGAGACGGAGGUCCUCGUGGUUUUCCCUAAUCUCCUUCCGAAUCGACAAAUUCUAGAAGAGGUCUGGAGAGGUUCGCGACGAUGUCUGUAUGAUUCCAAGUCAUAGCAUGAUUCAAGCGGAGGAUGCGACCAUCAUGGGUUUCCAAAGAAAAAGACUCCGGUGAGGAGAAGGCGCGAGACUGCAAGCGUCGCUAAACGCAUGCAUAUGAUAUGUCAGGGUAGGUACAGAAACUAAUCUUAUCUACAUCUCCAUCUUGGACGGCUUCGCACCUGCCUCCGUUUUUCGUUGUUUGGCAGCCAACCACCGCGCAUUCUGGACCUCAACGAGUUCCGUCUUGCGUUUGUGCAAGACUGGGAUAUAUUCACCGCCUGUUCUGGAUUCAUUGCCACCAAUGAACACUUUUUGUCCU